UAAAUCAAUCAACACAGUACAACACAGGGCCCCAGACUUUGGUAAUCAGCCAGGUAAAUUGAAAUCAACCAACACAGUACAACACAGGGCCCCAGACUUUGCCUGGUAAUCAGCCAGGUAAAUUGAAAUCAACCAACUCAGUACAAUACAGGGCCCCAGACUUUGGUAAUCUGCCAGGAAAUUUAAAUCAAGCAGGAAGUAGAAUUAAUCAAACCGAAAGUACUUCCCAACCUCGUGAGAAUAUCGGGGCGGGUGCCAUGGAUUUCUUCAUACGAAGUAGAUACCAGAAUCCAAAGUGAGAGAUCCAGUUUCAAACACCGACAAUGGCCACAUCUGCCACCUGGGCACAGGAGGUCAUCACCUGUGACCUUUGUGUCAAGCCUACCCAGCAGUUCUGUAACAGUUGUCAAGUCAGUUUGUGUGUGGAGUGUGUUAAUAAACAUGUGGACAAGCUCAAGUACCAACCACAUGACAUCGUUCCUUUCAAAGACAGAAAGGUGGCUUUCCCCGAGUGUGAAUUUCAUUCCAACCAGAGAUGUGAGGCCCACUGCCAGCAAUGUGAUGUUCCAGUUUGCCUGAAAUGCAUACUUGGUCCCCAUAAUGGACACAAAUAUAGAGAUAUGUCUGAUAUUUUCCAUGACAAGAAAAAGAAACUUGAAAAGGAUACCAAAGAAAUUGAAUCUACCAUUAUUCCACAAUACAAGAAGAAAAAUGAAAAAACAGAAAACAAAAUAUCCAUUAUAAAAGGUGAAUUUGAUGAACUCGACAAAGAAAAAGAAAAGCACAGAAAAUUCUGGCACCAAGAAGUAGACACCAUUUUCAAUAAGCUCGGUUCUUUGAUGAAGUCCAUAAAAGAGAAUCUCCUGGCUGUUCUAAACUCCCACCAAUCCAAAAUCAAAUUCCAGACAUGACCCAAACAGUUCAACAAAACAAAGAAAUUCUGAAGUCAAACAAUGUGUCUGCAGUCACUAUAACUACAAAUCCAAACUCCAGGAAUACAGAAACAUACCUACUGAUAUUGAUGUCAAACUGCCAUCACUCAAAACCAACACAGUCCAAGGGAGAGAACUCAGUCUGGAAUUAGGAGAAUACAAGGCAAGCCUGACACAGACAACACUGUCCAGUCUGACAGAGGAAGUCUCCUAUUUAUCUUUACAAAAGCUGUUAGAGCAAGCCAAAUCAAUUACAACCAUUCCUACUGGACUUAGUCCUCUAUACAAUAUUACCUGUGUGGGAGUGGAUGAAGCCUGGGUUAGUGGUGAAGAUAAAAUCAUAAGACGUGUUGACAUACACGGGUCUGUACGGGACACUGUCACCACCACAUCUAAAACCUUGCCUACUGACAUCGCAGUGACCAGACAGGGAGAACUGGUAUACAGUGAUAUUAACAAUAGAACUGUGAACAUUCUCAGACACGGGAGAACAGAGACACUGAUAACCACACCACAGGGCUGGAAACCAGACACACUAUGCUGUUCUAAGUCAGGGGACAUACUGAUCAGUAUGUAUACUACUGAUGAUAGCCAAUAUAAAAUUGUCCGUUAUCAGGGACACACAGUGAAGCAGGAAAUAGAGAGAGAUGAAGAUGGAGAACCAAUCUAUAAAGGAGGGAAAUAUGCACUGUGUGUGGUGGAGAACAACAAUGGAGACAUCUGUGCCUCUGAUGGUAAUGCUGACACCGUGGUCGUGGUGAACAAGUCAGGAAGAGUUCGAUCCCGAUACGAUGGUACACCAGCCAGGAGGAAGGAGUCAUUUAAUCCUAGACACAUAGCAACAGACUCCAUCAGUCAGAUCAUUGUGACAGAUAUCGACAAUGCCUGUCUACACAUCCUGGAUCAGAACCGACAGUUCCUGAGAUGUGUGGACAAUUGUGGACUAGAUGAUCCUAAUGGACUGAGUGUGGACAGUGAGGGGAGGUUGUGGGUAGGGUUGUAUGAUUCAGGAGAAGUGAAAGUGAUUCAGUACAUGAAAUAAACACAUGAUAUCACAUACAGACAUCAGAUAAUGACAGAGUUCACACAGUGCUCUUGAUAUAUACAUGUAAUGUCUGAAGUGAACAGAGAUAUAUACGAGGGCUAUAUCUUUGUAUGAAAAAUGUACACAAGUGUGACAGCUAGACUAUAUAAAUUUUAAAUCAGGAAUUCAUCUCUUGAAUUCGUUUUAGGCAACACACCUUUUUCUGAGAUGUACCAUACCCUUCAGGUACCUCCAUACUCGCAUAUAGUUAUCUAAUAAAAGUUUAAAAUGUG